AAAUGCAGAUGAUGCCCGUGGAUCUCCAAAACUUUUUAUUCCAACACAAGUUUCUUUUUGAAUCAUCAGGAACACCGACAGGAGCCGGAGCAGCACGGACUCUUUAACUGAGAUAUUAAGAUGAGCGCAGACACGGUGGAACAGUCGGAGGCUCCAGGUGAACAGGCAGACCAAAAUGGACUCAACUUCAGUCGACACAUAAAGACAGAGAACAUCCACGACUCAGCCCACCUAGGCUCGCUGAAGACAUGUCACCUGACACAGAGCUCUCAGUUGUCUGGAGGUCAGCUAUCGGGGGAGCUCACGUCUCUCCACACCAUGCAGGGGCUGGUUCUGAUGCAGCCGUCCCACCUGUCCUCUCCCUCCUCCUUCCUGCUCUCCCAGAACCCCAACAACCACCAAGCCAUACUGCAGCAGAACCUGCUGUCACUGCCCAGCCAUAGUCAAAGUGGUCUUCUUCAGCACCAACCUGGACUGGCUCUUACUACACAGGCCAUGAGUCGCUCUGGUCUGGCGGGAACGUCCAUGGAGAACCACAUGGACAUGUCUCACCUGCAGAUGCCUAAACACCUGUCACUGCCACUGCAGGAGGAACCCAGUGAUCUGGAGGAACUGGAACAGUUUGCGAAAGCAUUCAAACAAAGACGCAUCAAACUGGGCUUCACUCAGGGAGAUGUGGGCCUCGCGAUGGGGAAACUGUACGGCAACGACUUCAGCCAAACCACGAUCUCUCGCUUCGAGGCUCUAAACCUGAGCUUCAAAAACAUGUGCAAGCUCAAACCCCUGCUGGAGAAAUGGCUGAGUGACGCAGAGAACUCCCCCUCUGACUCCAUGAGUAACUCCAACUCUCUGCCGCCCUUGAUGGAGGGAUACGGCCGCAAACGGAAAAAGAGGACAAGCAUCGAAACGAACAUCAAGCUGACUCUGGAGAAACGGUUUCUUGAUAACCCUAAGCCCAACUCUGAGGAGAUAACCAUGAUCUCAGAGCAGCUGGCCAUGGAGAAAGAGGUGGUUCGAGUUUGGUUCUGUAAUCGUCGUCAGAAGGAGAAGAGGAUCUACUGCCCAGUGACCAGUUUACCUGUCAAAUCACACAACUACAACUCCAGAAUGACCUCAGCAUCCAGAUCCUACAGCCCUCUGACUUCAGGUGGUGUUUCCUCAAAUUCGUCUCCAAACAGUUUAAGUCGUGAAGCUUCUCCCAACGGCCUGUCCUCUGUCUCAGGAUCUUUAUCGUCUCAGGUGAACCCAGCGUCCUACGGCACACCAGGCUCCUGGUACCGCUCCUGGAAUCAUGCUGCGUAUCAUCACUGAAAAACACGAACUGCAUCACAUGAAGCUUUUCAAGAUCUUUAUUUGUUUUGUUUUGUUUUUUUUUUCAAGAGAGAGGGGGCUGUACACUGACGAUUUGACAAAGUUACACAGUAUCCCUGUUCUGAACAGGGCUACAGCUACAGGCUUAAACCUUAGAUGGACAUGUAAGACAAGAGAAGUGCAGCAACACCACCACACGUCUGUCAACACUCCCGCUCGCUCUGAGAGCCUCCAGCUGUUUGAUUUGUGUUCGUGUGACUCUGUGCUCAGAUCAGCCACAAAGAUGAAGAACACACAGAAAAAGUGCAGAAUGAGAACGCUGCUGGGAAUUGUCUCCUUCGGGUCUUAAUGGUUAUGGCUUGCAUUUGCAACUGUCACUUAAUCUGUUUGAAUGUUGAAGGAUUCAAGUCCAGAGUUCAGUGCACGUCUGAAGGCAGCCUCUGUGCCAAUAUGCUCCGUAGGUUCUCUACAAUGAUUGCUCUUGUUACUGUUAUGAUGUGUUUCUAUGUUUGUGUUGUAGUGUUGUGUUAGCAGCUAUGAUGCAAUCCUUUACUGCGUACUGUCGGCCUCAGUAAGAAAAUAUGUUCUUAUGGAAAAAUAUCACAACCAAAGGAUUAAAUCGAUUUUUCAUUUGUUCCUGACGGGUGUAAAAAAAAUAUCUUUUAGUGACCGUUGUAAUACACCAUCAAUAAUUCUAAUACGCAUUACUCUAAUUUAUUGAAACUUAAGCUAUGGUUUUUAGCAUCAGUAGUAAUAACACUACUCACCAAAGUAAUUGUUCAAUGAAGAGAAAAUGCUGGCAUCGCAUAACGCAUAAAAGCAAAUGGGGGCAAGAAACAUGAUCAGAUAAGAAAGCUGUGUGUGCACGACCAGGUUUUCACAGUAU